AUGAGUUCGGCGCUAGUUUUAGGGUCCACGGGACUUUGUGGCUCAGCCAUUCUCAAGUACGCCCAAGCAAGUGACUCGUUCAGUAAAGUUACCACUGUGACAAGAAGAAAAGUGGACGGAGUUGAUGCUGGGGUCGAACAGAUUGUAGAGCCAGACUCGGCCAAUUGGAGCAAAACCCUGCCAGAGUCUCAAGUUGUUUUUUCAGGAAUCGGUACCACGAGGGCUGCUGCAGGAUCAUUCGCCGAACAGUACAAGAUCGAUCAUGAUCUCAAUCUAGAGCUUGCAAAGGCUGCGAAGGCAAACGGUGCAACCACAUAUGUUCUUGUUUCCUCUACCGGUGCAUCGGCAAGCUCUUUUCUUCCUUACCUGCGCAUGAAAGGCGAAUUGGACGAUGCAGUAAAAGACCUGGAUUUCGAGAAAACUAUCAUUCUUCGUCCUGGCCCGCUUUUGGGCGACCGAACCAAAGAGUUCAAGGGCCAGGGCGAGGGCACUCUGAGGGCGAUCGGUACUUGGCUUCACCGCAGCGCCUUUCAACGUCUUCUUUCUUAUCCCAUUUACGGAGAUGAGGUUGGAAAGGCAGCUGUGAAAUUGGCAACGACCCUGGGUCCUGGAUACCACAUCAUUGACGCUAAGGAUCUCCUCGCUGCUUCAGACCCCUGA